CUUGAUCAUACGCUAAACACCGAGUCCAGGGACGCUUGGCGCCAGAUACAUCGCUCCGGAUGAGAUAAAUCAAGAAGUGAGCUAAAGGUGCCACUAGCUAUCUGUUUGUUGGACAAGCCCAUCCAAGUCAUACAAGAUGACUAGGUCAAAGGUCAGCAGGGUCAUUCCUGUGACCUACCCUCCUGGAGCCAAGGAGUUGACCCCUGACCUUUCCAAGGAUGAGAUGGUUAGACGACUCAAAAUGCUGGCCAGGGUGUUCCAAGACAUGGAACAGGAAGAAGACACCACCGCGUACGAGCCCCUUGCCCUCCACCUCCUGGAACCCUUCCUCUUCAAGCAUUCCAGCAAGGAUGUCCGGCUUCUUGUGGGUUGCUGUCUGGCUGAUGUCUUCAGGAUAUUCGCUCCUGAGGCACCGUAUAGGACUGGCGAGCAGCUCAAGUUGAUAUUCCAAUUCCUGAACAAGCAGCUGUGGGGUUUAGAGAAUGUGGAUGGUCCCUCGUGGAAGAGGUAUUUCUACCUGCUGGAGAACCUGGCCAUGGUGAAGUCCUUCAACAUCUGCAUGGAGCUGGAAGACUCUGCAGAGAUCUUUGUAGAGCUCUUCACCAUCUUCUUCAGCAUCAUCAAUGAGAAACACACGCCCAAGGUGCGCACGUUCAUGCUAGAUGUGAUUUGUCCGUUGAUCAGUGAGAACGACGUGGUUCCUCAAGAGCUCCUGGAGGUGAUCCUAUCCAAUCUCCUGGACUCCAAGCUGCUGCAGCAUCCUCAGGCUCAUGAACUGGCCAAGGAUCUGGUCAAGAGGACCUCCACUAGCAUUGAACCUUCCAUCCAAGCAUUCUUCAAUAAUGUGAUGAUCCUUGGUAGAAGUUCAACCAGUGACCUAGCCAGUCACUCCUAUGAGCUUGUCUACCAGCUCCACACCAUAUCCAGUAACCUCCUCUUGGCAGUCCUUCCACAGCUAGAAUUCAAACUCAAGAGCAAUGAUGAGCGAGAGAGAUUGGCAGUGACCAAGCUACUAGGACGGAUGUUUUCAGACAGAGAUUCAGAUCUAGCUACUCAGAAUAAACCACUAUGGAGCUGCUUCUUAGGAAGGUUCAGCGACAUCAGUAUACCCAUCCGGAUGGAGUGUGUGAAGUUUGUACCCCAGUUCGUCAUCCAUCACCCCUACCUGGUCACAGAUCUCUCAGAUCGACUACGGGAAAGGGCCCAUGACACAGAUGAGGGGGUAAGGCAAGAAGUCGUAACAGCCAUCGUUGCCACUGCCAAACGAGAUAUCAGCAACUUGAAGGAAGAUCUUCUAACCUUGGUCAAAGAAAGAACACUGGACAAAAAGUGGCGUAUUCGCAAGGAAGCUGUCCUAGGUCUGGGUCAUAUCUUCAAGAAAUGGUACCAUUCUACAGACACUUCCUCUGCAGAGAAACAGCAGUUGCUAUGGAUAAGGGACAAAGUGCUCCACAUGUACUAUCAGCCCAAUAUUGAAGACAGGUUACUCGUGGAGAGGAUAUUCACCAUGACCCUUGUACCUUAUACCAUGGAGGUCAAAGAUAGAAUGCUGCGCCUCUACAAACUCUUUGCUUCUGUGGAUGAGAAUUCGUGCAAGGCUAUCAUAGAGAUGAUGAAAUGUCAGCACUACGUACGUCAGCAUGUAAGAGAUCUCAUGGAAACCUUUGACCUAGAAGACGAAGAAGAGAGGAAGAAAGCAGCUGUACCCAAAGUUGCUGCAAUUGCAAAAAUGCUGCCAGAGCCGGGCAAGGCACAAGAUCAUGUCAGACGGAUGAUUGAAGACUUUGCAAUGGACAAGAGAACAAGGACGUUCAUGCUACAGGUCAUAAAUCCCAAAACUCUCUGCAAAAAAGCCAUUCAGGGAGUGGGAGAAGUUAUGAAGAAAUUUGGCAACCCCCAGAACCCUUCCCCGCUGUACGAGACCAUGAAGACACUGAUGGAACGCAUCGCCCCUCUGCUCAUCGACUCGGCAGCCAUCGAGGAGGUGGUGAAGCUGGUCGCAGCCCAGGCUAACGGCACCGGAGAUGAAGUGGAAGGCGUGUCAUUCAGGAUCUUGGAGGAGAGAGGACUCAAACUUCUCCAGAUUCUGUCCCUGGUGUAUCCUCGAGGCUUCAGCACCAAGGAGUCUUACGAGAAGCUGAUCUCCAUGCUGCAGAUGGGUGAGGACGAGGUAGCAGAUGUGGCCCUCCAGGUACUCACCCAGACGGGCCACGGCAUGCAGGCAGACUUCCCCGACAUAGCAGAGGGUUUGAUCAAAAUCCUUGUCCACUUAGCCAAGAAUGGAACACCAGUUCAGGCCAAGCGAGCUAUCAAAUGUCUGGAUGUGGCUGUUAAUAACAAGAAGGCCAUCUUUGUGGAGCUCUUUCAGAGUGUGUGUAAGAACAUCAAUUUGGACCACGAGAGUCACCUGACUGCCCUGAUGACCGUCGGUCAGUUGGCCAGACUCGCACCGGACGUGUUCAGCCAGCCCAUGAAGGUUCUAGUCGCCAACACGGUGGUCAAGGGGUUCCUCAUGCAGGACCAGACAGAGGGCACGCCCACCAAGGGUAUCUGGUGCCAUGACAACAUGGUUACCGAGGAAACGCAGGCCAAGAUUCGGUGCAUCAAGCUUCUAGUGCAUUGGUUGGAGGGUCUGAAGAGCAAUCAGAACGGAUCGGCUACAUCCACCAUCAGACUCCUCACAACUAUGAUCAAGAAUGAAGGAGAUCUUAUGGAGAAAAAGAAAACAAGCAAAUCCAGCAUGUCUCGCCUACGCCUUGCAGCUGGUUGUGCUAUCCUCAAGCUCGCUCGGAUCAACUGCUACGUGGAGCUCGUCACCUUGGAACAAUUCCAAACAUUAGCCCUACUUAUCAAUGAUGAAUGCUACCAAGUGAGGGAGCAGUUUGGCAUGAAGCUGAACCGAGGUCUGAUCAACCUAAGACUACCCCUCAUGUACCUCAGCAUCUUCUCCCUGUGUGCCAAGGACCCCGUCCAAGACAGCAAGUCCAGGGCCUCCCAGUACAUCGCCAGGAACAUCGCCACACGCAGGGAGUACCUCAAGAACCAUACGCUCACUGCCACUCAAAUGAUUUCUGUGCUACCAGAGUAUGUGAUUCCAUACACCAUUCACCUGUUGACCCAUGACCCUGACUUUAUGACCCUCAAGGACUCUGAAGCUCUCUCGGACAUCAAGGAAUGUAUGUGGUUCAUGUUGAAACCCCUGAUAGAUAAGGCAGAGAACUGCAGCUUCAUGCGCAAACUCCUGGAAACCAUCAAACAAAUGAAGGAUGCUCAGUGUAUCGAUGACAGGAGCAGAAACAGAAAAAUGUAUGCCCUGUGUGACCUGACCCUGGGGUUGCUCCAGAACAAGGCUCCAUUCCUCAGCAUCAAGGAUCAUCCUGGAGACAUCCUACUACCCAGGAAACUCUUCUACAAGCCCAGGAAGCUGCUCCACAACAAAGACAACUUCCUGCCCAAACGCUUCCAGGAGCAGUUCAGUCAAGAUGACAAGAAGGAUGAGGAGCAAGCGGCCGAGUCGUCCCCACAACCCAAGGGAGGCCGAGGCAGGAAAGGUGCUGUCAAGAAAGAGGCUGUAGUGAAUGAGAGCGGUGAUGCCAGCAUCGUUACCAAUGGCAACGGAGACGAGAACAGCAGUCCUAUGGGGAAGGGCAAGAGGAAACGAGGAGCAGCAAAGGCAGAAGCAUCCACAGAGCAAAAUGAAGUAGUCUCACCGAAGAAGAAAUCAAAGAGAACAAGAAAAGCGGCAGAAGACAAAAAGGAACAUCCACUCACAGAGAAGAUCAAUGAAGGCAAUAAGCCGACCUCAGGGAGAGCAUCAAGGUCAAAGACCAACCAGGUCAAACCCGUUUCACAACAGGUCAAGCGAGGUCGACCCAGCAAGUCUUCCAGCCAGUCAUCGUCUUCUGACUCACAAUCUACCCCUAAGAGCUCGCCUGUGAAGGCACCACUGAAGCGCACAGCAACAAAGAGAGGAGGGGCGGCGGCGGUUGCGCGGAGUAGCAGUGAGGACUCACAGAGUCCGGCUCUCAAGAAGUCUAGGAGGAUUAUCACCAUGAGUCCGAAGGCAAAGGCCGCAGCAGAGGAUGCCUCGGAGAGAUCAGAGCGGGUCAAGCAUGCUACAAAAUUACCUCAAUUCUCGGACAAUGAACAGAAAAGGCCGCGUGGUCGCCGUAAGCUUUCCUCCCCACCCUCCCCCAUGAAAUCCCCCAAGCCAGGACCCUCCAACAAAGCCUCCUCAGGAACGCCAAAGAUCAACUUGACCAAGUCCAAAUCGGCCACGCCCAAAUCCGCCACACCAACUACCACCACCAGGGGACGACCAUCAAAGCAAGUGCCACCUCCAACAAAAUCCCCAGCACCAUCUCCUGCAAAGUCCCACACCAAGUCCACCCUGUCCAAGGCCACGCAACAGAGCAAGCCAGCUGCCAAAAAGACCAACGUGCGAAGAGUGCCAGCAGCUGCUGUCGCGAAAGCAAAAUCACCCAAGAAGCCUGCUCCACCAUCCGCCAAAUCCACUCCACGUCUUUCAUCUCCAGUCGUCAAAGGUAGAGGGCGCCCUCCCAUGGUGUCGCCAGCGAGGUCAUCGUCCUCGUCAACGUCAUCAUCAUCUUCGACCAAGUCGAUAUCCCCGGUGAAGAAAGUUGCAGCAAGUAAGGCAGCGAGUGCCAAGAAGCAAAUUGCCACCACCAAAGUAUCCCCAAUUAAGAAGUUUGCUACCAAGGGAGGCUUGAAAACGAAGUCCCCUGCGAUUCUCAAGGGAAAGACAGCAUCUCCCACGAAAGCGAGUGUCACAAGAAAGCUGGCAGCUUCUCCAUCACCACGUAAGCUCGUCAACGGGAAAGCAUCACCUAUGAAAUCACCAGGGAGGAAGAUGAUUCAGACAACACUCAAGGCUGCAAUGAAGAAGAACGUGAGGCACACUUCUCCUAAGAAGGCUAGCCCUGUGAAAGCCACCAAGAAAUCACCAGUCAAGGCAAAGCUUAAUAUAAGCCGAAAGAGCGGUAGAAGACGGUAACACAAGCAACAUUCUUCUCUCAGUCGCAAAUUUUAACUCAACCUGUAAAUAGAAUACAUUCUAUCUUCUUUGAAAGCUUGUGUUUUUAUCUAUUACGAUUUAAAGAUACGCUAGGAAUUAUCUUUCAAGUUUUCCUGUACAAAUCUUUUGAAAAAAAGAAAGACGUGUUGAAAGUCAUGAUUUUAGAUAGUUUUCAUGUAGUCAAAUUGUAAAUUAUUGAUUCCACUUGUAAAUGAGCAAUGUGUUUUGUGCCGUGAUUUAAAUUCAUGGAUCAUAUUUUCUGUUCUAUUAUGUGGUGAAUGUUGAGAUUUUUUUCUUUAUCAGAUGACACUUUGGGGUAUGAAACAAUUUAGAAACAAAUUAGAAAAUUAGCAAUUAUUUAUAUUCUAAAUGAUUUUAACUGAUGAUAGCUCUAGAUCUGUAAAAAAAGAAAGGAAAAAUGUUCAACACUCGUGUUUGAAUUUUUUAGAGUAUGUAGAGUAAUUUUUUUAUAGGGUCUUUCAUGUGGCAUGUUAUGUUAUUAAGAUUAAACAUUUGAAAUGAAAGUAUUAAUUGUCCUUGUUGAAACCAACAUGGAAGUUUCCUUGAAGAGAUAUUUUCAUGAAACACAAAUAUUAUGAUUAGAAAAAAAUGUUCUCAAAUUAUAGGAAUUAUAUUUGCCACUUCGAUGCAAAGAAUUUUCAUCAGAAUGUCUGACAUUUGAGUUUAUGCGAUUGAUGAUUUUUUUUUUUUAAUACUUAUUUUUAAUGAAUAAUAGCAUAUAAUGUACAUUUUUUUUCCUGAAAUAAUGUUCUAGAUUGUUAAUAUUCGUUAAAUAAUGAUGAUGGUUUUAGAAAUGUAGUUUUCAUCGUUGGGUAGCAGCCCCACUCCCUUCCUUCUACGGAGGGACACUCUUCCCCUUCUUCCCCCCUAAGUGAAGAGCCCACAAAACUUUUUUACCACGAGUCACCAAUGAUAAUGCAUCUAAUCAGUUUUUCAUUAAUGAGACCAAUUUACAAAACUCUUCACAAUUUCAUAGCCUACUCUUGCUAGUGUUACAUACAUGCUUUUGGCUUAUUUUAUUCUCCUUUGUCAUAUGGUAAUGUAUGCUUUAUACCCUUUUUUCAUUAAAUCAGGAAUGGUUUUGAUUAUAUUUUGUCUUUUAUAUUUGUUAGUUUGUCAGGAAUAUGCGACAGCAAUCCAGUAUUAUGACUUUUUUUUAAAGUUUGCAUUAUGAAUUAACAUCUUUGAAAUCACUGCAGGUCGUUAUUUUCAAUACCAUCAUGUAAUGUAUGUUUGUUUCGAAUCUAGUCAAAGUAAGUCUCUUAUUGUAAGUAGUUUUUUUUUUACCCCCAAGUGGUUAUUGGAUUUCGGCAUGUAACAUAUAUAAAGAGGACAAGUUUGGUGCUGUUGAAUUUGUACACAUGUAUAUAUUACAGUCCUCUUUAUGCAAAAUCUUUUAAAAAACCCAGUUCAAAACAGUUCUGUUAUUUGACGCAAGUAAGUUGUAAUGCCAAGCAAUGAACACUGAUUGAAACCAAAGGUCAGUAACUUUAAUUUUCUUGAGGAUGUUAAAAAUAAAUCCAGGUUGUAUAUUUGCCUUCCCUUUCAUUCACAGUCAGAAGCAAUUAGAAAACAUGAUAUCAUUUAUGUGUGUGUGUGUUCAUAAAUAAUCUAACCCUGUAUCAUAGGUAUACCUAUAUGCCUUCAUGUGUAUUUGACCUAACCCUACCCUCCCCCCCCCCCCCCCCUCCCCUCGACAACUAUCCCUAAAUGCAAACUCCAGCACAAUCAGUCACCCCCACCCCGGACCUCUACUUAUUACCUAGGCGUAGCUGGGAUAGUUUUCCAAAGAGAAUAAUGGGGAGGGGGGUGUGUACAGGAGGUAGUUCUGAUAUGAUUGUCCAUGUGCAAGAGAAAGUCCAGGGUAUCUUGUAUGACUUGGUAUUGCAUUGGCCGACAGAGGUUGACAUCAAAAGAUGUCAUGUAUCCAUUAAUAAUUGUCUUGAGUUGGUGGACCUAUUACAAUGUCUGCUCAAAUAUGAUAAGAUACUCUAUAUUCCAUCACUUCACUUGUGUAUCAGACAAAACUUGAACAGUAUACCUUCGACAUCUAACAGUGGUCCACAUUUGACCUAAACUACAUUAAUGUAAUUAACUUUGAAGUUUGUAAAUCUACUUAUCUUCGCAACCUUUGUAAAUAUAAUUGUAAGCACCGUUUCGGAUGAAGAUUUCAUCCAGUUCCAAUUUUUCCAUCAUGUGUUUUGUGUUUAAUCAUUGCAAUAGUUCUUCGCCUGGUUGUAUAAUAUUUCCAGUUUGUCACCAAAAACCUUGACUGCGGAGUCCUACUAUGUUUUGUAAUUGAUUAAAAAACUACUUUUAAUUACAUA